AUGACGACAAACGCACCCUACUACCAAAUGCGUUCCGGCCAGUUCAUUACCACGUCCAACAGCACAAACGCUGCACCGCCCCAAUUCGUAGCCGGAGACGAAGAAUAUGAUUUGGCUGGUCCUGCUGCUGUUACAGCGCCGCUCGAUCAUCAUCUCAGCCCGCAUUUGUAUGUCGAACACACUGCGCAACAGACGUCUGCCGACCAUACACUGGAAGAGAACCACAAUCUCGCAGAGUUGCUGGAGGCUGCCACAGCUGCUGGUCACGCUGCUCAAGUUAUGGAUACAAGUGAUACAGGUGGGGCGACUCCUACAUCUCAAGGUAGGAGCAAAAGGAAAAGGCCGACUGGCUCUCUAGUUGCAGAUUCCUCCCACCAAGCAGAUGAACCUAUCAAUACCAGACGGAGAAGACCCGAAGAGCCCACAGAUCCUCGAUUGCAAGAUGUCAUCUGUGAGAUGGGUGGAGAUUUAGUCAAUGACAAUCCAUCCCCCUCCAGUGAGCCUCAACCCAGCAAUGCUCGUGCUGCAGGUGUCCAUUCUGCUGCUGCCCUCUUCCGUCGAUCUUCGGAUAGAACAGCUCGUAAACACACACGUCCGCCAAUGUCCAAGCUGUUCAUCUCCCUUCGGCUCAGCCCUGAGAACUUUCUCCAACUCCAAGCCUCUGCGAAAGCAUACAUGCUUGACUCGUCACACCCCGAAAGGCAAAGUUGCGUUGGCAAUCGUGGCAAGGGAGACAACGAUAUGGUCAAACUGAGGCUCUUCAACUGUGUCCGCGACUUCUUGAGCAAUGGAGUGGGUGAGCGGUUCUUUGGUGAGCAUGUGGAAAAGCCAGAGGAAAACGAUACCAUAGAAGCUGCUCGUGCGCUGGGAGAGAUGGAGACGCCUGAGGCAAGUCCACGACUCAUCUGGCCAAGAGAUGGUAACAAGAUUGUUGGGCUUGUCACCCCCCUCAUGAGACGCAUGGUCACGAACGAGCGACAACGACAGUAUGCAAUUGAGACAAGGAAAGGGGGCUCUAAGCAAAAAGAGAAGGAAAGCAGUGUGAAGGCUAUUACUCAGCAAGAUGGGAAUCGCGAUGUACACCAACUCGAGCAUCACUUGCAACCAGCAUUCGAUCCUGACCUGAGUCAUGCUUGCCGGUAUUCACAGGCAAUUCUACCGUCAUCACCAACAUCCGUCGCCCUCGAGCAACGUUCAUCACAGGACCAGAUAUGUCUUGCGGAUUUGGAACAAAAGACACAUGACCAUGCAACAACAGCUUUAAGUUCAAAGCUAUCCAGGACGGGCACGGCCAAUCCCAACCUGAGGCAUAUCAACAUAUUUCUUGUAGGGCCCUCGUCUGGCACCACGUCAGACACCAAAAUCGGUGAGAGACGCAUCACCGCCGAAGCGCAAUCACACCUGGCCUGGUACGACUACAGCGACUUUAUGAAUGAGGUUGUCUCGCUAUUGCAAACUGCUAAGGAUAGUUAUCCUGAACUGGAGUUGUGGAUUGGGUCUCUCCAGGCACCAGACAACAACCUCCGCGGACUUGCUGCUGCUGCCAAUGCUUUACAGACUGAGGGCGCCCCUCAAGGACCUAUUGCAAUUAGUAAAUCGACCGGAAUACCUCCAGCUGAUGAUGUGUCGGCUGCAUUACCGCCCCCUGCCUCUGCAGCCGCUGUCCGUCCCACCAUGGAUAAAUGCAACAAGACCGACAACAGGCUACUCUCCCGCUGUGUCAUCAAAUCCAUCGGUCCCGAGGGGUGGCGCCAUAUUCGCAAUGCUGACGACUGGUACAGUGUAUUGAGAGAAAAGGCGUUUGCCGUCUGGGCGGAUGGCAUCUGUAAUGUAGUUGUUGAAUUGGUGGACCCGUCGGUCAUGGAUGCGUAA